AUGAAUGAGAAGCUGCUGAGCGCCUUCGGGAAGCUGCUGAGCAGCGGGGCCAGCUCGCCGCGGAGGUACAAGGGCAGCGUCAACGUGGACUGCGCCUGCGGAGUGGGCGGCAUGGCACUGGCCACCAUGACCGAGCGCCUCAGCUCAGUUGGCCUCACCGUGAACCUCGUGAAUCGCGUGGGCGAGGGCGUCCUGAACGAAGGCUGCGGCGCCGACUUCGUGAAGACAAAGCAGGCCGCGCCAGCCAAUGCCGACCCCGCCCUCGGCCGCUGGGUCAGCUUUGAUGGCGAUGCCGACCGGAUCGUUUACUUCUUCUCCAAGGACGGGAAAUUCUGCCUGCUGGACGGAGACCGCAUCGCGCUGCUGCUGGCCUCGCCGGGCCUCUAA